GACCGACAGAGCAAGAGAGAGAGAGAGAGAGAGAGAGAGAGAGAGAGAGAGAGAGAGAGAGAGAGAGAGAGAGAGAGAGAGGUUGAAAAAGGAGCUGCAGAGUGGAUUUAGUGAAAGUAAAAGGAGUCAGACUAAUAAAAGUCAGUAAGUAUGGAUUCAGAGAAUGGUACCUCAGCGACAGCUGACACCAUUGUCCCCGGAAGUCAAUGCCAGGAGUCUGAUACCACAGCAACAGCCGACACCAUGGUCCCCGGAAGUCAAUGCCAGGAGUCUGGUACCACAGCGACAGCUGACACCAUGGUCCCUGAAAGUCAGUGCCAGGCUGAGGAGGAGGAGGAGGAGGAGGAAGAGGAGGGAUCCGGAAACCAUACGCACCCAGACCCAGUCCUGGUGUGGGCCCCCAGUGGGAGACGGCUGCUCUCCGGGCUCCUGGGCCUCAACGUUGUCCUCCUUGGGGCAGCUCUGGUAGCUGGCAAGGCCUUCAACCCUCAGGGCCUCAGGCACCAGGAGCCCCAGAUCUUCAUGUUGCUGCUGAUGUGCCUCAGCCUGGCCUGGAUGCUGUGGUACCUACUCUGGGCCAGGAAGAAACCUGGGAUAUGCCCACAUAAAGACCACCAUGCUGGGGGAAUCACAGUCACAGUGGUCCUGAUGCUGUUUGCCGCCUUCAGUCUCCUGAUGCAUCUCUUCAAGAUGGGUUACUAUGUCAUUAUGAAGGAGUGUAAGCCGGUUGCUAAAGUCCUUGCCCCCUUCAUCGAGGCUCCCUUUCUUGGCCUACAGACCUAUUUGCUCUGGGCUCACUCCAAAGACUGUAUUCACAAGCACAAGAUCAUUACCAGGUCUGGGCUGAUGGUUACUCUGAGCGCAGAUCUGUUGCUGUGGCUGAACGCGGUGACAGAAGACACAGUUCAUCUGGAGAUAGAGAUGGAGAAGGAGGAUGGCCGCACCACGUAUGGCAGCGCAGAUAGCUCUGACUCAGCAGGGCUGAGAAAUGCAACGUUAUGCCAGUGCAGUGCAGACACAGUGUGCCUGUUCUUCAGGAAGGGUUAUGAAGUCCUAUAUCCCUUCAACAUGGAGUACUACCUGAUGGCAGGCUGCAUGCUUUAUGUGAUGUGGAAGAACGUGGGCAGGCAUAUGAGCCCUGGGUCAAUACCCCACCAUGCCCAGAGGAUUACCCUACGCAUCGUCCACGAAGGUGGGAUCCUAUUCGGGCCGUUGUUCGGGGGUCUGGUCCUUAUAGCUGGGGUGGUUGUGUUCAUCCUGUAUCAAGUUUGGGUGAACCGAGGCCAGCACCGGCACACUGCCUUUCUGAUAUUCUACUGCUACCAUCUAGCUGUGAUGCCCAUCAUGUCCCUCUGUUCCCUGGCUGGCCUGUUGGUCCAUAAGCUGGAGAGGAGGGCGGAUGAGAGGGGACAUAACCCCACGCGUAGCCUGGAUGUGGCCCUCCUGGUUGGGGCAGCCCUGGGACAGCUUGCCCUGUCCUAUUUCUCUCUGGUGGCCGCUCUGGCUGUGGGGCCUAGCGGACCACUGGGAAGCCUGGAUCUUUCCUACUCCCUCCUCAGCCUGUUGGAGCUCCUGCUGCAGAAUGUCUUCAUCAUUGAUGGCCUCCACCGAAACCCCAACCUGGCCCUCACCAAGGGUAAAGGAAAGGAGCGGAUCAACAUAUUCACGAAGAGGAAGACCAUGGAGAAUACAAAUGACAGGAAUAAAGGAGGAGGAGCGAUGUCUCUAUUGGAGAGGGGAAAGGCAGUGACAACACCACCUGUUUGCCAAGUCAAGGAAGGACAACAGACCUGGUACAAAAGAGUCACACAGGAGAUCUGUGCCUUCCUCAUACUCUCCAAUAUCAUGCUCUGGAUGAUCCCAGCGUUUGGAGCCCACCCCCAGUUUGAGAACGGCCUGGGGAAGCAGUUCUUUGGCUUCUCCGCCUGGUUUGUCCUGGUCAACCUGGUUCAGCCUCUGGGAGUCUUCUACAGGAUGCACUCUGUGGGGGCCCUGAUGGAGCUCCUCAUCACUGGCUGAGCUCCUAUCCUCUCCUUCCCUGUUCUCUUCUCUGCCUGGUUUAUCCUGGUUAACCUGGUUCAGCCUCUGGGAGUCUUCUACAGGGGGGCCCUGAUGAAGCCCCUCAUCACUGCCUGAGGGAUAGGAACCACAACACUGACGAUCUGCUCCCCUCUGGGACAUAAGGCCACAAUGAGCUCCCUCCACCUUUUCAUAUCCUUGGUGAAAUAUUGUGCCGACUGACUACCAGCUAAAUAUCACAUUUCUGUAAAGAUGAGAAAUGUAAACAUUUGUCUGUUGACAUUAAAAACAUGUGUACUUUGA